AUAAUGAUAGUGGUAGUAGUGAUAAGAGUAAUGAAGAGGAGAAUAUGUAGUUACUCCUUUUACUAUUGUCUUCGAAUGUUUAGUUUUUAAUGACUACUCGGAUUUGUAAUAUUGCAUUACAUUUUUGGUCUCAUUUUUAUUAUUUUAAUGUCUUAUGGAUCUAGUUUAUGAAUUUACAAUGUGCGAUUAUGGUACUAAUAACUUUUUCAGGUGGUCAUCAUGGGAGGAGGAAAUAAAGGAGAAACGUCCAAGAGGAGAAAGUCUAAGGGGAAAUCUCCGGUUGUACGUGUUGACGAGGAUGAGUCAAUGGAGGAAGCGGAGGCACAUGAUUUGGGGGCCUCUCAAGAAAUCGUCAGAAAUGUACAAGGGCAACAGGAGCAACAGCAGCUUCAGGAACAGGAGCUACAGGACCCGCAUCCUAAUGACUUGCUAGAGUUGGACCCUUCCACACUUUGGUUUGAUGAUAGGCCGGUGAAGAAUGUGCUCUCCGACUCGCUAACCGGCUACUAUGUUCAGCCUUGGAGGAAUUAUGGAGAGGUUGAUGAAGAUUCGAGAGAGCACUUUUGGAACUUGUUCAACAAAAAAUUCAAGUGGGCACCUGAGUUAAACAACCAAGUGAAGGACACUUUCGAAGAAAAGUUUGCAAAUCGCCUACGUGACACGUUCUACAACAUCACACACAGACUGAAUGGUCGCAAACCAAGAUGGAUUAAUAAGGAUGUCCACGAAGGCAUGAUGAAAAUUGUUGCCACCGAUCCAAAAUAUAAGAAGCGGUCGGAACAAAACAAGAAGAACCGAAGAGGCGGAUCCAUGGAAAAUGUCGUUGAACCGACCCACUUUCAAGGUUCAAUGUCAUCUGUACAACAUGCUAAAAAGAUGGCUGCAAAAAACCAAGGCCAAUUACCAAAUGCCCAUGAUCUAUUCUUGAAGACACACUUCAAGGAAGUGCCUGGUAAAGGCCAAGUGACUGCCAACAACAAAGCAAAAAGGAUUGCGGACACCUACCAGAAGAAGCUCGAAGAAACAAUGAGUCAGGGGAUUCAGAAGAGUUCCAAUGAGUUGUACUGGGAGUCGGUGGGUGGGCGCAAUAAGAAGGGUCGUGUGAAGGGACUUGGCCAAAGUGCAGAGUUCUACUAUGGAAAACAGGGUUGUGGUUCCCGUUCUUCAGAGCAAUACACGCCGUCUGUCAUUUCUCAAAUGCAAGACCAGAUGGAACACAGGGUGCAAACUCUUCAAACUCAAAUGGAAGCCUGAAUGGUUGAAAUGGAGAGGAGAUACAAGGAGAGUUUCGAUGAGAUGAUGAGUCGUCUCAACAACAACGACUCAUGUUCCACCAUUCAUCCUCAGCAUCGGGACCCUAGGAACGACCCGGGUGGUGGUGGAGCAGGCCAGGGUUUCCAGGCGAUUGCGUAGCUUAGCUUUAGUCUAGCAUAGAAUCACUCUAACCUAGCUUUUGUUUGGUAUAGAUACCAAAAUGUGGACUAUCUUUUGUACUAGGACAUAAUUAUUAUAUAUAUAUGUACAUAACCCUAAUUUCGUAGGUCGGUAAUUAAUUUUUUAAAAACAACAA